AUGAGAUCUGGAUCGUACGACCUGAACACAGUUCUAGGUCGAGUGCUGCGACCCGUGCUCGCUUCUUGCCCGCGCACUUACUGGCUGGUACCCGCGCCCGCGUUCUUGGUCGAGUGGGUGCCUCGACGAGCAAUCAGCACUCAGCUCGUGGUGCCUUUACUUGCCCACCAAUCUGCGCGAAUACCCGCGCCCUGCCCGCUCGUUCUUACCCGCCAUAACUCGACGGCCUUUGAGGUCACGGAUCUGGAGACGGAAGAGCUUGUGUUUGUCGGGACUCGGGAGCAAGACGGAGACGGCGCUGCUCAAGUUCACGAACUUGAAGGAGCCUGGCUGAGCGGACUACAGGAACAAGCACGAGGCUGUGGACAUCGUGUAGAUGCUCCCGUUCUCGAGCUCGCACAAUGCAAUGGGCGGCGUCGUCAAACUGGACAACGGCAGGUAUCACGAGGUCACGCUGACGGUACUAGUAGACCAGCUGCCAACGCCUUGCGUCUCGAGUGGGGUUCAGAUGCAACCGCGCAUUGUGCAGCGUCCGAACGCUUGGUGCCUUGCGAGGGCGAGAGUCGGGAACAUGACGGGCGGGAGCCGUCUGACGUUUCUCCUGCGCGUAGCGCGGCAUCAGGGCCCACAAGCAUAGAUCUCGCCUUCGGGUAGUUGGCUAUAAAUGUCUGCGACCCCAACACGCUCGCCCACCGUCCCACCUGCCCACUGUCCCGCUCGCCUGCCGUCCCGUUCGCUCCUGCCAGUGGUCGCCUGCCGCCUCGCUCGCCCGACCGUACGCCUGUUCUUGCUCGGCUACCCGCGCUCGCCUUCUCGCCUGCUCGCACGCAGCUUCUCGCCCGCCUGUCCGCUCUUGCCCUCCCUCACCCGCCUGCCCGAUCUCGCUGCCCACUCUGCUCUGGAUGGUCAGGUAGGGUCAGGUCAAUCAGAAUCGAGCUCCGCUAGAUUACAUAAUGUUUUAUCUUACAUAAGAUAAAGACUCAUGGGCGAAGCUGCGGAGGCGUAUCAUACAUAAUCAUUUUUUCAUAAUGAUAUUCAGACCCCGCACAUGCAUUUGAAACGACUGUAAAUCCUGCGGAAAGGCAUCCAAUACUUAGUUCG